AUGGAGAAGGAGGAAAAGGCGCUAAUUGUUGAUAUCAAUAAAGUAGCGUUUAAUUUAUUUUUAGGUCAGUUUCAAGUUGUGUCAGAUGGGACCCUAACACGAUCCGGUUCCACUGCUGGAGAAGAAAAUAAUGAUUUGCAAGAAGAUGAUGAUGGCGAUGGUGAUUGUGGAAAUGGUGAUGGUGCUGUUGAUUGUGGUUAUUGUGAUAGUGAUGGUGAUGGUUGUGAUGGUGGUGUUGAUGAAUGUGAUGAUUGCGGUUAUGAUGGUGAUGAAUGUGAUGGUGGUGGUGAUGAUGGUGUUGAUGGUAUUUGUGAUGAUGGUGGAGAUGGUUGUGGUAAAUGUUGUGACGGCGGUGGUGAUGAUUAUAAUGGUGAUGGUAGUGGUGAUUGUGAUGGUGGUGAUGAUGGUGAUGGUAUUGAUGAUUGGGAAGAUGGUGAUGGUGGUGGUAAUGGUGGGGGUGAUGAUAAUAGUGUUGGCGAUGGUUACGGUGGUGGUGAUAGUAGUGAUGGUUAA